AUGAAAGAGAAGAGACAAUUCUUGGUUGUUGUAUCUGAAUGUUCGAAAGAUUUGAAGCCUGUGUUUGGGCAGAAGUUCAAAUCACUAGAUUUUUGUUUCGCGUUCUACGAUGUGUACGCCCGUGCCGUUGGUUUUGAUACGCGCAAAGCACAAAUGAGGAAAGCCGAUGGUGUAAUUACUUGGUAUAACGUGGUAUGCAAUAGGGAAGGCAGCAAGAAGUCGAGCGAGGAUGACCAAGCAAAUGCACGGUCUGGUUUUUCGAUAAAACGUCGCCGGUUAUCCAAGCGGUGUGGUUGUAAGGCGAGUAUCUCAUUCAAGUUCUUCUCCGAAGGGGGAGUUUCAGGUUAUACUGUCGAGGAGUUCAAUGAGGUUCAUAACCAUUAUAUGGUUGAGACAGAGCAUCAGCAGUUUAUGUCAAUCAAUCGAAAGCUGGACGACGUACAUCACCAAUUUAUUCUUGAUUGUUCGAAGGCUAAUAUAGGCCCCACGCUCACGUUUAAUGUGCUGAAGGAAAUUCUCGGUGGUUUUCAGCUCGUUGGCUGCAAUGUUGGGGAUAUAAGGAAUGCUUCACGAGACAUCAAAGCAUACGCACAUGGUAUUGACGUACAAAUGGUUUUGGAUGAUAUGGCUAAGAAAAAGGAGAUGUCCGAGGCAUUCACAUAUGAGUACGAGAGGAAUUACCACAUGUUCGGUGAUAUUGUGGCUUUUGACACUACCUACAACACCAAUAGGUAUUGUAUGAUCUUUGCGCCAUUCACAGGAAAGGACAAUCACGGGCGACCAGUAACUUUCGCUGCUGGUUUGGUAAGCAGCGAGAAGACAGGUGCUUUUGCAUGGUUAUUCAGACAUUUUGUUCAAUGUAUGGGGGUUGCUCCGAAGAUGAUCGUUACAGAUCAGGAUUUGGGGAUGGGAUCGGCUAUUGAAGAGAUUCUUGUCGGGACUCGCCACCGAUGGUGUAUGUGGCAUAUUAUGCAUAAGUUGGCCAAUAAAGUUCCAGGUAGGUUAUUGAGGCACGAAGAUUUUAAGAAAGAGUUCAAUGCAUGCAUCUGGUCGGAUCUGCUUGAACCCGACGAGUUCGAAGAAGAGUGGAAUGGAGUAGUUGAGCGUUAUGGUUUGGAAGAACACAGUUGGUUCAUGUCAUUGUAUGAGUAUAGGAAAUUAUGGAUACCUGCGUACUUCAGAGAUUUCCCACUGGGGUCGAUGAUUAGGACCACCUCUAUAUCUGAGUCGGAGAACAGCUUCUAUAAAAACUUCUUGAAGCCACGCAACAACAUUGCCGAAUUCUACAUGAAUUUCAACCAAGCUUUGGAAUUUCAGCGAAAUAGUAGAACAAAGUUGGACUACCAAGACGCUACUGCUUAUAUUGGCCACUACUUUGGCGUUCGAGAAACAUGCUUCCACUAUGGGUAUUUGUGCAGCCAUAUCUUCUUUUUGUUCCGGAACAAUGAAGUUAAAAAGAUUCCGGAUACCUACUGUGCAAGUAGAUGGCUGAAGACUCCGCUAGCUAAGGUUGUCCAUGGACAUUUUGAUGAGACUUUACCUACACAGUCCGUGGUUGAUGAAAGGCAAAACGUUUCAAAGCAAGGGAUCUCACUGUUCUAUGGUUUUCUUCGUCGAUUUGAGACGGACAUUGAUGUGCUUCGUGCAUUCGUAGGUGGACUGGAGGAACUUGGUAAUUCUCUUCAAGCUGGAACACCUACAACUUCCGCCUCUGAGAAGAGGCGAAUGAUUGAACAGUUUUAUGGAAUGGAAAGGCCGAAAGUCGUUGAGGUCCACCCUCCGGAUGUGGUCAAGACGAAGGGGCACGCGAGUAGCUCCGCUAGUCGUCUGAUUUCCAAGCGAGAAAAGGCUAUCAAGGAGGCUAAUAGACCCCUUAGACGGUGUAAGGCGUGCGAGCCAUCAUGA